AUGUCAACCAAGCGGCGGCCGUUGCGGGUGAAGCUGCCCAGUGGCGCACGGCCCGAGGACGUGUGGACGAAGCUCGGCUGGGGCCUCGAGCAGUGGCGCGAUGCAGGCUACCUCAGCCGUCAAGCGGGAGGCGAGCGGGUGUACGCCAGUUGCCUCGAGAGGAACUCGGAUGAUCCCUUCGGCUACUCCGACCAGCGCAGGCUCAAGGUGUUCGGCGACUUCCUCGACGAGCUGCAGUCGGGGAGCGCCUGCUUCCUGAACGUCCAGGGCCGCGAGGGCGCGGUCUACGAGCCCCCCCUCCACAAGGCCCUCUCGGCCGACCUGCCCGUGCCCGCGCCCCUGAGGCGAGUUGCCAGGGGCAUGCUGGACAAGGUCACCCUCUGGACGAUGGGGAACGCCACCGGCGGCCCCGUCGGCAGCGCCUGCGGCGCCGACGGGGGUGCCGGCAGGCCCCUGGGCGGCGAGCCGCCCGGGGGCCUGGAGGAGGGCGGCGGCACCUGCAGCGGCAGCGGCGCGGGCGGCUCCGCGGGCGGCAACGAUCAGCCGAUUCCACGCCGACAACCAGGAUAA